AUGCCUCAGCUUCGCCUCCUUGCAUCGGAUUUCUUCGUUUCCUUCUUGUGGGUUUGGUCUGGAUGCCUGCUGAGGUGCUUAGCGUUCUGGUUUUUGGGUUCGGGAAACAGCCCCAUUGUUCUUCUCAUCAAAGGCUCAAUCGCAGUACCCUAUCUCGUUUUCUUCGCCUGGGUGGGCAAGACUACAAACGGAGGCUCUUACAACCCGCUUAUUGUUCUCUGCUACGCUAUAUCUGGGAAUUUCGCUGUUUUCCUCUUUUCGGUUCUUGCUAGAAUUCCUGCUCAAGUUGUUGGAUCAGUUGUUGGAGUUUGGUUAGCUAAGUCAACCUUUCCUGGAGCAUUUCAUGGGCCAAUAUUGAAUGCUGAUAUUCACCGAGGAACAUUCACAGAGGGAUUUCUUACAUUUGUAAUCGUAAUUAUUGUUCUAAUUUUGAAGAAGAAAGAUCUUGGAAGUUCUGCAAAAAGAAUCUGGAUAUCAAGUGUUUCCAAAGUUAUUCUUCACCUUCUUGGUUCUGACAUUACUGGUGGCAUCAUGAAUCCUGCUACUGCCUUUGGCUGGGCAUAUGCUGAGGGAACGCAUGUUUCGAAGGAGCAUAUAUGCGUGUAUUGGCUUGCCCCCAUUGAAGCAACUGUAUUAGGGGUGUGGGCAUGCAGUAUAUUAAUUAAUCCGUUAAGGUUCAAGUUGCAUCAUGGAAAAAUUUGUGCAGAGUUUAAAUUGGACUAA